UAUUCUGGGGCCUGUCCUGGCAGGCCACGGGGAGAGUAUAUAAGCCUCCCCCUGCAACUGAUGACCACUGAGAACACACAGUGGAAACAUCUCUGCCCGACACUCCAGCAAACAUCCAGCAGGCAUUUCAAAUCCUCUCAGGGGCGCCAUGCUUCCAGCAUAAUGUCAGCUACAGUUGCAGCUCAGAAGUUUUCCUUCCCCUUCUCCUGUGCUGUGCGCCUUUCUCAGCAAGAUGAGAUGCCCCAGAAAGGAUGCGUACAGGCCGCGGCACUUCAUGAUCUGCAGGAGAAUCCAAUCUUGGGCAAACCAAGCCCUGUUGCAGUUAUAGGAGCUCUGGUGCACGAUGAGAACAAUGCCCAGAAGAGUGCAAAGGCUUCUCUUGGAGAUGUGGCACCUGCACAGGUCCUGGUCUGUGCCGGAGCUUCCCAGAGUGCAGUGCUCUCGAGGCAGUGCGUGUUUGAGAAACUGGCAGUUGAAAGCGAAGAUCAACGUCCAGCGGCGAAGAGGCAGCUGUCGUCUGAGAGCGCUGCCAGGACCAUCACCGUGGUGAAGAAGAGCGCAGUGAGGAAGGAGGCUGAGGAACAGAAGCAGCUGAAACCCAAAGCAGUCCUGGGACAGAGGACGUCACUGUGUGCUGCGGCGGCAGGGAAGAGGAGGCGGCGGAGAGACCUCUUCACCAACGCUGAGGUCUUCCACAGGGUUGACUCGCACGUCAUCAGGACGGGAGCGGAGCUGAAGGAAAAGUGUGUGUAUGAUAUAAAGACGAUAGUGCAACGCAUCUCACAAGGAGCCAGGAAUGAGCUGGAGCGGCUUCGUGCCAUCUGGGUCUGGCUGUGCCACAACAUUGAGUAUGAUGUGAGUGGAUACCUCGGCCGCUCAGAGAAGCUGAGCUCCCCGGAGGAGGUGAUCGCGGCCGGUCGGGGUGUGUGCUGCGGCUACUCCAACCUCUGCACAGAGAUGUGCAGAGAAGUGGGCAUCGAGUGCCAAGAAGUGCCAGGCCACAGUAAGGGCAUCGGGUACCGUCAGGGCCAGAGCCUCAAGAAUGUGAAAUCGGAUCACCUGUGGAACGCUGUGCUCCUGGGAGGACAGUGGUUCCUGCUGGACGCCUGCUGGGGAGCAGGACGAGUAGAUGUGAAACAUGAAAGCUUUGUCAAAAGGUUCGAUGAUUUCUAUUUCCUAACGGACCCAGAGGAGUUCAUAGAUUCACAUUUCCCCGAUGAGGAGAAAUGGCAGCUCCUGGACACGCCCAUCACCCUGGAGGAGUUCGAGAGGAAGGUCUUCAAGACCUCAGCUUUCUUCUCCAUGGGUCUCAGGCUGAUCCAGCCUCAUCACGCUCACAUCGUCACAGAUGAUGGCGAGGCCAACGUGUCCCUCGGCUUCUCCAGGCCAGCGACUUUUACCUAUGAGAUGACACAGCACCAGGACCUUCUCCACUGUGGAGCAUCAGAGCAGAAAGAGUCCAGCAACUCCUCCCACGGCCUCCUCACAGUGUCCCACCGAAGCAUGAAGCUACAGCUCCUGCCUCCUGCAAGCGGUGUGUAUGACGUAAAGGUGUUUGCCAGACCGGAAUCGGCCACCACUCCCCUGAUUUGGGUCUGCUCGUUCACGGUCGAGUGUCCGACCCCCAAGGCCAUGGAGGAGAUUCCAGAGAACCCCUUCUUGUCCUGGGGCCUGCAGCCUGUUUCAGCAUCUCUGGGUGUGACGGGCAGCAGCCAGGGCAGUGACGUCGCAGAGGUGGAAGAAGGCGUCUUCGAAUUGGCGUUGAAGACGUCCAGGCCUCUGAUGGUGCUGUGUGAACUAGUCCACCCAGAGCUGGAAGCUGCAGUAGCCAAGCGGUGCCUGGCAACUCAGAUUGAACCGAGCGCCCUGACCUGUCACGUUCUGUGCCCUCUGCGUGGUUUCUACCGGCUGACGGUGUUUGUGCGGGACUACGAGAAAACAGAAGUCAAGUUCCAGAAUGCUGCAAACUUCCUGCUGCAUUGCAAAGGGAAAGUGGUCGGUCCGGAUGAGCUCUUUCCUCCUAGCCUGGGCUCUGCAUGUGGGCCCGGGACCCGCACGUCUGAGGCUGGGCUGUCCAAAUUCAGCCACACGACAGCGCUAGUGAGCACCCAGCAAGGCAAAUGUAACAUCACCUUCCACAACCAGCGGGACCUGGAGCUUCACACUGUGCUCAGCAGAGAGGAGAGCAAAACAGCAGCCGUGCCGCUUUCACGCCAACUUUUCUGCACGUACACAGACACCAAGGUGACGGUGAGCGUCAGCCUCCCCGAUGCUGGGGUGUAUCGGCUGGGCCUGUACGCUCGGCUCGUCCCCGGUGGAGAUUUCAACCCCAUGUGUGACUUUGUUCUGAGGAACAGCUGUGAUCAGCCGGGGCCUCCGUUCCCCUGUGUCUACUCAGCCUGGAGGAAAGGCUGCGUGCUCUUUGAGCCUCGCGUGGGCCUGCUGGAGCCCCUCACAUGGGUCCGCUUCAGGGUGAGGGUCCCUGGGGCCCAGAGGGUGAGCGUGGUGGGGGAGACGCGAACUGAUCUGAAACUGAACAAGAGCCGAGUUUGGGAGGGCGAGGCUGAUACUGGAAACGGUCUCCAACAACUUAAACUGGCCGCCGCCUCGGGGGAGUCCAGUGAGAUGGCUGUUUUGAUGAUCUUUGACAUCAAGCAGUUGGAGAGAGAAGUGUGAAAUUAAAAGAGCUGUCAGAGAGACCAGAUGGAGAGUUCUCUCAAUAUAGCUGCCGUAUGAAUUUCCUGGACUGAGAUACAGAUCAGACUGGGUUGAAAAUAUUUGCAACUGUGAGCCAUAAUCUUUCAGGUUUAACUUCAUCAGCAGAACACAGAUGGAGCCAGGUCAGUGCCAGUCAUAAUAAGAUGUAUAAAAUGGACUUUGUGAUAUGAGUCUGUGAACUCUGUAGCAUUGAAGUGACGUUUUUUCAAAGCUCUUCUUUGAUGGAAGUGGUAUUCAGUUGACAAUGGUGCUCAGCUAUGGUGCGCAGCCGUGACGUCAUACCGAUCAAGAUUUGUGCAUCUGUGCAUUGCUAUUAUGUCAAAAGAAAUCUGCAUUAUGAAAUGACGGUUGUCAAAAGGCGUGCAAUAAAAACACACUGUGGAAAUAUGUAAAUCAGAAGUUUUUAUUUCCAGCAGUCUCUGCAGGAGUGUCAAUCAUGGGACAAUGAUCAAAUAUAACUUUGUUACAAUGUUGGUAAUCUCUGCAGACUGAGGGUUAACCUGAACUGUUAUCACUGGCUCCCAACCACGACUAUAAAGAAUGGACGGUGCAUGGAUGGCGCCCCUCUUCCUCCCAGCUAAUGUAAACAUCAGCAAAGAUCAUCAGCGGACCUGAAGCGGCUGAAUAACUCAAAGAAGUCACCUGUAACCACACCCACCUGUCAAUUUAAGCCUUAAUAUAAUGUGAACAGGUGAGUU